CUGUACGUCCAGGAAAUUCCCCUUUUCAAGUCAUGGAGGCAGAACAGAUUAUGGAGGGACAGCCGCAGGUUCCAGAAAAUCCUCAUUCUGAAUAUGGUCUCACUGAAAACGUAGAGAGGAUAGUAGAAAAUGAGAAAAUAAAUGCAGAGAAGACAUCAAAGCAGAAGGUGGAUCUUCAGUCAUUACCCACACGUGCCUACUUGGAUCAGACAGUUGUACCUAUCUUGCUACAGGGACUCGCUGUUCUUGCAAAAGAGAGACCACCAAAUCCCAUUGAAUUUCUAGCAGCAUAUCUUUUAAAAAACAAGUCACAAUUUGAGGACCGAAAUUAACUCCAUAAAAAUGAGGACAAUUUGGCUGCUAGACUGAAACGCUCAUUUGCCGCAACUUGUUUUCUGCUGUAAAAAUCCUUCGGAGCCAUGAUGUUGUCUUUCUUAAUUGCACAAUUUGCUUUACCUUUUGAGUUAUUUAAUAAAGAACACUUUACGUUUAAUUUGUUCAUUUGUUUUCAACUAUUAGGAGACUUUAAAGUACUCAAACUGCAC